AUGGCUUUGCUAGGCCCAGUGACUCAUGGCCAGGUUUCGUUUCUUAUUGGAUUUAUAACCAUUUUGGUUGCAUGGAUUUAUUCUGAGUACUUAGCAUUUAAAAAGAAGUCCAUCUCUUCUAAAGUAGGGCACCCUGAUGUUGGGUUGGCUGAGGUAGAAAGUCAUAAUGUAAAAGAAGAUGAUAGAGCUGUUUUAUUAGAAGGAAAUGUUAUCAAAUCCAUUCCUUCUUCUGGAGCUACAAUUUCAUCUACCUUCUCUACCAUUUUCAGGUUCAUCAUGUUGGACGAAUCGUUCUUAAUAAAACAUCGAAUGUUACUCCGAGCAGCAUGUGAAUUUGGUCUUCUUUUAUCGUACUUCUACAUUUGUGAUCGUACUGAUAUAUUUGGAACCUCAAAAAAGAGUUACAAUAGAGAUCUUUUCUGCUUCCUCCUCCUUCUUCUCAUCAUUGUUGCAGCAGUAACUUCAUUCAAGAUACAUCUUGAUAACUCACCAUUUUCAGUGAAACCCAUACUCUUCUUAAAUAGACAUCAAACUGAGGAGUGGAAAGGAUGGAUGCAGGUGAUCUUCUUGAUGUACCAUUACUUUGCUGCAAGAGAAAUUUACAACGUGGGUCGUGUAUGUGUCGCCUCGUAUAUCUGGAUGACGGGGUUUGGAAACUUUUCGUAUUACUACGCUCGAAAAGACUUUAGCUUUUCUAGAUUUGCUCAGAUGAUGUGGCGGUUAAAUUUCUUGGUGGUUAUGUGUUGCAUUGUCCUUGACAACAGCUACAUGCUAUACUAUAUUUGCCCAUUACACACAUUUUUUUCUCUUGUGGUAUAUGGUGUUGUUGGUGUUUUGCACAAGUACAAUGAUAGUAAAGCAGUCAUUGUUGUGAAAUUUCUCCUUUGUUUCUUGGUGGUGGUCAUUGUAUGGGAAAUACCUGGGGUGUUUGAAGUGAUUUGGGACCCAUUUACCUUCCUUCUAGGCUAUAAAGAUCCAAAUAGAUUGAAAGAAAACUUGCCUCUCAUGUACGAGUGGCAUUUUCGAACAGGACUUGAUCGCUAUGUUUGGAUAUUAGGCAUGGUGUAUGCUUACAAUUAUUCAACUGUUGAGAAGUGGAUUGAAAAGUUGGAUGAAUUAAAAACAAAGCGCAGGAUAUUGAUCAAAACGACAAUUGUUGUGAUAUCAUCUACGGCAUUAUAUCUAUGGUUUGAGUAUGUAUUCAAAAUGGAGUGUAGUACUUACAACAAAUACCAUCCUUACACUUCUUGGAUACCCAUCACAUCCUACAUAUGCAUACGGAAUGUCACCCAAAGUACUCGUAGCUAUACUUUGACCCUUUUUGGUUGGAUUGGAAAGAUUUCACUGGAUACGUACAUUUCGCAGUUCCAUAUUUGGUUAAGAUCAAAUGCUCCGGAUGCACAGCCCAAGUUGUUGCUCACUAUCAUCCCAGAUUAUCCUUUAUUGAACUUCAUGCUUACAACUUCCAUUUUUAUGAUUACUUCAUAUAGGAUCUCAGAGCUUACAAAUACAUUUAAAGCAGCAUUUGUACCAAGCAAGGACAAUAAACGCAUAAUGUAUAACACGAUUGCUGCAGCUACAAUGACGGCCAUCUUAUACUCCUUCUCUUUUCUAUUCCUUAAUCUCCCACAAAUCUUGGUAAUUUAA